AUGAUUAAAAAAAAUAUUUCUGCAGUAUUGUCCGAACAACUCGAUCGCACCCAAUUGAAAAGUGGCAGUGACGGCGUUAAAAACACCGUCCGCAGCGAAUUAGCAGUCACUGACGAAAACGCAUAUCCGGAGGAGUGGGUUAAUAGUUAUGGCUACGAGAACUAUGCCGAAGAAGGGUACCCCGAGGAUUGCGAAGAAGGAUUUGAAGUCUGCAAAAACAAGAGGGUAAAAUAUCCGCAACGAUCGAGAUCCAUAUUGGAAGAGGACGCAUACAUCGAAACCCCGCUGACCGCCGUCGAAGCCAGGAAAUGUCUGAAUCGCAUCGGCCAAGUCGGAAACGGUUUAAAGUACGGUUUCGUUCAAAUCGACGUCGACAAUAGAAACCUUACAAACAUCGAGGAAAUCACCAACUUCAAGUAUUUGUCUUUCAUAAACGUGUCGCACAAUCACUUGGACUUGAACGCUUUGGACGUGCUCAGAGAGUUGGGGUACGUGGUUGUGGUACGAGCUGAUCACAACAAUAUCGAUUCCCUUUGUCUGUCUCCAAUGCCGUAUCUACAGGUUUUGACCCUAAACUCGAACAGAGUCUCGUCGCUCUUGGGCCUUAAGCAACCGUCGUUAAAGUGUUUGGAGCUGAACGACAACAACAUUUCUUAUCUGACCCAAGUGCCGAGCAAAAACCAUAAUAAAAACUACUCCGACGAAGAAAUUGUUUGCCCAAACCUAUCCACAUUGGCAUUGUCCAGAAACGCCUUGGAUACAGUCGAACAAUUUGUGAUUGUAUCCAAUAAAUUACGUAUAUUGUAUUUGAGCUACAACAAGAUUGGCAACCUAAAUGGGUUAGACGAUUUACGAAAUUUGUCCCGUUUACACUUGCGUGGUAACCUGAUAUCAAACUUGGAUGGUUUUACUGAAAAUCUGAUGAAUUUAUCUUACUUAAACUUGAGAGAGAACCACUUAAGCGAUGUAAAAGAGCUCAACAAAUUGGCAUGUCUUAAAUCAUUAAAAACUUUGGUGGUAUCAAAUAACGGUUUCAGUAAAGGUUCGAUCAGAUCGAAGGUGUUGAAGUUGCUACCGUGGCUGGAGAGGAUUGACAAGCAAACGGUUAGCCCGGCUGAAAGGUCCUAUGGAAAUCCAGAGGACGAGGUCGAAGACGAAGAAGAUAAGGAGGAGGAAGAGGAAUAAAAGGAAGGAUAA